UCGCCAGAAGUGCAGACGAAGAAAACGGAGUCGAAAUGGUCGCAAUAUAUCUAUUGAUCGGUGUGGUCACAUUGCUAUAUGUCUACCUCAAGUGGACAUUUAGCUACUGGGAUCGAAAGGGUUUUCCCUCCACGGCAAAGAGCAUUCCGUUCGGGGCUAUGGAAUCGGUGGCGAAAGGAAAACGAUCUUUCGGAUUGGCCAUCUAUGAUAUCUACAAAUCGACAAAGGAACCGGUGAUCGGAUUGUAUCUCACUUUGAGACCUGCUCUCCUGAUUAGAGAUGCUCAGAUCUCUCGCGAUAUAGUGACAAAGGACUUUGCCAGUUUCCACGAUCGUGGGGUUUAUGUGGAUGAGGAGAAUGAUCCCAUGUCCGCGGGAUUGUUUCAACUGGAAGGAGCCGGCUGGAAAAACCUACGCACCAAAUUGACGCCCUCUUUUACGUCCGGAAAACUGAAGGCUAUGUUCGAGACCUCCGAUGUCAUUGGAGAUAAGUUAGUAGCCACCAUUAAGAAUGGUAUUCCCCAGGGUGGCAACAAGGAGGUGGACAUCAAGAAACUAAUGUCAACGUAUGCCAUCGAUAUCAUUGGCACAACUAUCUUUGGACUUAAUGUCGAUAGCUUUGCUGAUCCUAACAACGAAUUUGUGGCUAUUAGCAAGAAACUCAACCGUAAGAACUUUACGGAUAUUCUUCGUACCGCCGCUCUCUUCCUUUAUCCGGGAAUGGAAAAGUUCUUUGUGAGAAUUGGCUGGAAACAGGAAGCCAUAGAGCUGAUGCGCGAACUGUCCCAUCGAACUAUCGAUCUCAGGGAAAAGAACAAUAUCGCGCGUAAGGAUUUGCUGCAACUCCUUCUGCAACUGCGCAAUCAGGGAAAGAUCAGCACUGAUGACAAUGUUUGGUCAGCGGAGAGUACUAAAAAUGGAGUGAAAUCCAUGUCGAAGGAUGUGAUUGCCGGUCAGCUUUUCCUGUUCUACGCCGCCGGUUUUGAGACCACAGCCGCUACAGCUUCCUUCACUCUCUAUGAGCUCACCCAAAAUCCUGAGGUGAUGGAGAAGGCCAAGGAGGAUGUGCGCAGAGCCCUCGAAAAUCACGACGGAAAGCUGACCUACGAUGCCAUCUCGGACAUGAAGUACCUGGAGGCCUGUAUCUUAGAGACCACUCGAAAAUAUCCCGCACUUCCAUUCCUGAACAGAGUUUGCACUCAGGAUUAUCCCGUGCCCGAUAGCAAACUGGUGAUCAAGAAGGGCACUCCCGUUUUGAUUUCUUUACUAGGAAUGCACCUCGAUUCCGAGAACUUCCCUGAUCCAAUGAGCUAUCUGCCGGAACGCUAUUUGGAGGAGAGCAAAGACUUCAACCAAGCAGCCUAUAUGCCUUUUGGAGAGGGACCCAGGAUGUGCAUUGGUGCCCGCAUGGGAAAGGUGAAUGUGAAGAUAGCGGUUGCCAAGAUUUUGUCGAAUUUCAAUGUGGAGAUGCGCAAGGAAAAGAAAGAACUGGAAUUCGAUAUAAACGGAGCCUCGCUGAUGCCCAAAUAUGGCGUUCCCAUACGUCUCUCUCUCAAGAAGUAGAUCCAAUCUUAGUUUAAAACAACUUUUUACCCUUUAAAUAAAGAAGCAUUUACAAAA